GUGUACAAAAAAAAAAUCCCUAUCCUCAGCCCCUUUUCUUUCGUUGAUCGAUCUCGCUGCGAAGAAAUUGGAGCUCCGACGGCAGCUGGUUCCUGAUAACCGGAAAUCGGACGCCAUGUCACUGGGAGAAACGGUUUCCCGGUCACCUCUAGAUAAGCCUCUCAACCAGCUUACCGAGGAUGACAUUUCUCAGGUCACUCGCGAAGAUUGCCGCCGUUACCUCAAAGAGAAAGGAAUGCGGAAACCGUCGUGGAACAAAUCGCAGGCGAUUCAGCAGGUGAUCUCGCUGAAAAAUCUUCUCGAAACGACGUCAGAUUCCGACGCCACCGAUGAUGCUCGGAAGAAACUUUACACUACCUGCCCCCAGUACCCGCCUCGCGCCGUUUCUGAUUCAACCGUUCUACCGAACGAAAUGACACUGCACGACGUGAUCUUGGCUCAAGCCAACGAAUCCAUUUCUUGUUCCCGUCCAAAUCCCUUGAAAUCUGAAUUUUCCGGUGAUAUUUCCGGUCGAACUGUCGCCGCCAGAAAUGAUUCCGUUUCUCCAAGAACUGCAGGUGCAGCAGCAAAAGAGUCAGCAGGACAGAUGACCGUCUUUUACUGUGGGAAAGUGAAUGUCUAUGAUGAUAUGCCUAGUUGUAAGGCUGAAGCAAUCUUGCAACUUGCAGCUAGCCCAGUGUCACUUCCGCAUGAAAUUCUAGCUGAUCAGCGGACCACACCAUGGUCCAUUCCUUGCCAUUCGCAGGCUGCAAGUGUCAAAACAAGCCCAUGCUCGCCGAUGGUUAUAUUGCCACCACAGCAAACAGUAAAUUUAGCAGAAAACUGUCAGUUUCCUCGAGAAGAGUGCAAUGCAUCUCUUGAAGAUAACCUUGAAGGACCUACUAGCAGAAAAGCAUUGGUGCAAAGAUAUCUUGAGAAGAAGAAAGACAGGUUUAAGAACAAGAGAAAGUUGGCAACUUCUUCAUCUCCUACCUUUGACAUCUACUUAAAUCAAUUGGGAGAUCAGUUUUCAAGUGAGCAGUUGAAACAAAGUGAACCAUGCUUUUCUCCCCAUGCGGAAAUGGUAGGAAUAAAAGGGAUAUUUUGUUACUAA